AUGGGUAAAAUUGCAGCGACGACUGCCUUGGUCUUCCUCCUCCUGACCUUAGCAGGUGCCGAGGCCAAGGUAUGCCAAUGGGUGACACCGACGGAUGUUGUGUGCCAACAAUCGACUUGUCUCCCAUAUUGCAUCAGCAAGGGCUACACCUACGGCUACUGCACCCAACUUGACCGGAAGUGCGCGUGCACUAAGGAAUGCACAGGUGAUGGAGGCAGCGGUACUGGUGAGGGAGCGGUGACCGAUCGAGUUAACUAA